AUGGACACGCGGAUCGGCUACAACGACCAGAACAAGGAUGAAGAACCCUUGCAGGCGAUGCGACUAGUCACAUCACCCAUGACUACACACUACAAUUACCAUCAGAGUCUCAGCCAGCUUCCACAAAUGGGAACGUGGACAUGGCCCAGCAAGAGAUCAGACACGAACGAACAACGGUCCGAGUCUAGCCCGACUACGGCACGAGAGUCAUCGCUGGACUAUGCCAUCGCAGUGGAAAUACGAAAUAUCCCUAGCUCAGAGACCUGA